AUGGCGUGCUUCCCCCCCGCGGUGCCAGCAGCGCCGCGCCUGCCCCUUGUGCUACUACUAGCUCUACUCCUUCCGACCGUGCUCCUGCCGCGCGACCAACUGCAGCGUGCCACAGCACAAUUUCCUGGUGGCGGCAACGAUCCUAUUUUGCUGGCGUGCAGCUCGGCCGCCACGAUGUGCUCCAGUAGCGAGUACAACUGCUACAUCUACAACACCUCCUCCGUCUACAACUGCUCCUGCAGCUCCAACUUGCCUGAAUGCACCAAAUGGAAUGCGCCGGUGCCCCAGUCAUGCACGGACCCGACAACCAUUCCGUGUGUGCCGGGCGUCUGCCUCUACAGUGGCGCGUCUUUCCAGGGCUGCAUCUGCCCCAAAGGCUUCUUCCAAACUGCCUCUGAUUUUGGCUCGCCCUACUGCGCUCCCGGCAAUUCGUCUGUCAACGGGUCAUCACCACCAUCCACCCCUUCCCCUCCACCACCACGACCACCAUCACGACCACCAUCACAUUCACCGUUGCCACAAACACCAUCAUCAGCACCACCACGACCACCACCACGACCACCAUCACACUCACCGUCGCCACCACCACCACCAUCACAUUCACCGUCGCCACCGGCACCACCAUCAGCACCACCAUCAGCACCACCAUCAGCACCAGCACCAUCAUCAGCACCACCACCAGCACCAUCAUCAGCACCACCACCAGCACCAUCAGCAGCAAGUUCAAAGCCAGACACCUCCUCAGAAUCACCUCCGACAGGCCAGCCGUCCUCUGCAGAUCAAUCACCAGGCAUGUCGACGGGGGUUAUAGCAGGGAUUGUGGUCGGCAUCGUUUGUCUUGUGCUGCUCGUUGGCCUGGUUGGUUUCUUUGUGUGGCGACGUCAGCAGCGCAAGGAGCAUCACGAGAGUGCUGCGAUGCAAGAGGCUCUGAAGGCAGGAACAGGAGACAAUGAUGGGGAGGGUGGUCGACCAGCAUCUCUUCCCCCACCCUCCCGUUUUUCCAGAGCAAUUGUGCAGGAGGGCGAUCACAACAUCAACAUCAGGCAAUGGGCGGAGCCGCUGCUGGCGGCGGGGGAUGCUGAAACCCUCAAAGACCCAUGCCUUGAUGCUCCGCCUGAGAUCAUUCUUCAACUAACCCAGCUGGCCCUGCAGUGCACAAGCAUGCCUGUAUCAAGCCGACCUCACAUGGACCAGAUUGUUGUCAGACUAUCUGAAUUGUACACAAAGCUAUUCAGGUCUGACGUGGGUGCAAAUGGGGAGUCCGUUGACUCGAUUCUUGAGCGGAUUCAGCAUCCAAAUUACUCGUUAGAUGAGGCGAUUGCAAUGGCUGGUGCUGCUGGUAACCAAGGUUCCGACUAG